CAGUUCACCAGUUCCCACUGGCUGCCGGCACCUUUGAUGGCUCACUUUAAAUAUCCUGCACCGGACGUGGAGUGGCAGGAUUACUAUCAGCGCUGCGGACUGACCAUUUCUGUCUGUUGCCAAUAAGGCAGUUUUGUAAAAUUAUCUCCUCUCUCAGAACCCGGGCCUGUUGACGGUUUUAACGGCGGCCGCAGCGCGGAAGAUCAUUCAUCCCGCACUCUUCCCCCUCCCAUAUACAGAUAUAUAAUUCCAGCGGCUGGUGUGCGUCCCCCCCGUCCCGUCCCCCGGGCCGAGAUGGGCGAGAACGGGCUCCGCCAGCGGCUGGCGGCGGACGGCCAGGCUCACUUGCUCCGCUUCUGGGCCGAGCUGCAGGAGGCCGAGCGCGGCGAGCUGCUCGCCGAUCUCGACGCCUGCCGCUUCCCCGAAACCAUGCGCUUCUUCCGCCAGGCCGUGCGGGGCUCGGAAGCGCUGCAGGGGCAGCAGAAGGUGGACGAGCACAUGGAGCCGGUGCCCAGGGAAGUACAGGGCAGCACCACCCGCGAUCGGGAGCGACUGCCGACGUGGGAAGCGGAAGGUCUCCUUCAAAUUUCACAAAGUAAAGUAGCUGUGCUGCUUUUGGCUGGUGGACAGGGAACACGUCUUGGAGUAACCUUUCCUAAAGGGAUGUACAGUGUUGGUUUAUUGUCACAAAAAACUCUCUUUCAAAUUCAAGCUGAACGCAUUUUGAAACUUCAGCAAAUGGCUUCGAAGCAAUUUGGACAUAAAUGCACAAUUCCAUGGUAUAUUAUGACUAGUGGCCGGACAAUGGAAUCUACAAAGGAGUUUUUUGUUAAAUACAAUUACUUUGGUCUACAAAAGGAAAAUAUCAUCUUUUUCCAACAGGGAAUGUUGCCAGCUAUGACUUUUGAUGGGAAGGCGAUCCUUGAAGGAAAAAGUAAAAUUUCAAUGGCACCAGAUGGAAAUGGAGGACUUUACCGUGCCCUUGGAAAUCAGAAGAUUGUGGAGGAUAUGGAAAGCCGAGGCAUUGCUUAUGUUCAUGUGUAUUGUGUGGACAAUAUUCUUGUUAAAGUUGCCGAUCCAGUCUUCAUAGGCUUUUGUGUGAAACAGGGAGCUGACUGUGGAGCUAAGGUAGUAGAAAAGACACACCCAACGGAAGCUGUUGGUGUCGUGUGUAAGGUGGAUGGCCUGUAUAAAGUUGUGGAGUACAGUGAGAUCACUCUGGUUACUGCACAGAAAAGGAAUGCAGAUGGACGUUUAACAUUCAAUGCAGGGAACAUAUGUAACCAUUUCUUUACACUACAGUUCUUAAAGGAUGUUGUGAAAAUCCAUGAGCCUAAGUUACAGCAUCACGUUGCUCGAAAGAAAAUUCCUUACGUUAAUGAUCAAGGUCAACAAAUUAAACCAGACAAACCUAAUGGAAUUAAGAUGGAAAAAUUUGUGUUUGACAUCUUUCAGUUUUCAAAGAAAUUUGUAACAUUUGAAGUCUUACGAGAGGAUGAGUUUUCUCCACUGAAGAAUGCAGAUAGUCAAGAUGGGAAAGAUACACCAACAACAGCUCGUCAUGCAUUGAUGUCUCUCCACCAUCGCUGGGUUCUAAACGCAGGUGGUCACUUUGUUGAUGAAAAUGGAACAAGGAUUCCUGCAAUUCCCAGUUCGGCAACUGGAAUGUCAGAGGCAGUCACUGCUGUUGUCAAUGACAAUCUGAAGGAGUUGACAGAUCUUCCAAUCAAAUGUGAAAUUUCUGCACUUGUAUCUUAUGCUGGAGAGGAUCUGGAAAAAUACGUUGCAAAUCGAGACUUCCGUACGCCCCUGAUUAUUGAUGAAAAUGGAGUCCAAGAAUUGAUCAAGAAUGGGCUGUGAAGAAACGAUACUGUGAAGAUCCUUUUGAAGUUAUCAUUGUACAGGAUUUGAACGCUGGAGCAAAAUCCAGUUAGCACCAUUUGUACAUUGUUCAACAUUGGAGGUCAUAGUUUUAUCUGAAUUUCUUAAAUUAUUUAAAAUGAAUUAUUUUCUUUGAAAGAAUAUUUUAGUAAACUAUUUUAGUUUUUGGUAUUUAAAUCAUUACUUGCAUCAUUACAGAAAAAAAGAUUAUUUUUUCUAUAGAAUUAAGAUUUGUUCUCUGGGUACGGUUUUUGUAGAUCUAAAAUAUUAUUUCAUGUGUUAAAGUAUAUUACCUCUCAUUAUGCAGUGUGUAAUAAAAAAGGCAUUGACAGUAAUUGAAGUUGUUCAAACCCUUCCCAUGCAAUUAUUAAAAUAUCAUGUGGAGUGAAGGAUCAUGGGAAAAUUGUUUUUUUAAUUAAAUUACAGCCCUUUUCUUUCCCAUUCACGAUUAAACAGUGAUAUUGAAUCACUACAUAUUUCUAUGAAGAGCUUUAAUUGAUGCAAAGGUUUAUAAUUUGAACAGAACUUUUUAUGAUUAAUUUCUGUGAAUUGUUGUGUUUUCUUAUAAUAACUCUGGUCAGCUGAACUUACAAUAUUGCAGGCUCAUUUUUAUUCCUGUCUAUUGUGAUUGUCCCAAGUUGUAUGACUUUAGGUUGAUCAUUGCCCUAGCUUGUUAUUGCAGGUUAAAUCUAAAGAUAUUUCAGUGAUCAAUUUGCACUUAGGAAAUGAGAAUGACAUGAGUUACCAGAGCUGCUGCCUCAGAGGUUUGGAUUAGUUUCUCAACUUGGCUGCUGUCUUCCUCCUUUUGAGCAUUUGGGAUUCCUUCUAUACCUCAAAGAUGUGCAGUUUGGUAAGGUUAAUUGGCCACUGUAAAUUGCCCCUAAUAUGAAAAUGAGUUGUGAUAGUGGUGAGAGUUGAUGAGAAUGCUGAAGAAUAAAGACUGGGGUUGGUGUAGGAUUACUGUACAUGGGUGGUUUAGUGUAAAAGGACGUUUCCAUGCUGUAUGAAUCUGAGAGCUCCUUAAGAGAAGGGAAACAGGAAACUUUGAAGUUUAGGUUAAGUAGAUGUAAUUUUUUGAAACUGAACUAUUUUGACCUAUUGUGUUUUAAAAGCAAUUUAUAAUUUUCAUGACUGGCACAAAACAGUUUUCUUCAUUCUUUAUUAUUAUUAAUGGGAUUUUGGUACUAUUGGUUUACAUCCAUGGACCUUAAAAUGUAUUGUCAAAGGUAAAUUCAGUAAAUGUGGCUUUCACCAGAAUGGUUUGUUAUUUAUUCUACAAUCUUUUUUGUGAUCAUUUUGAAAUGACCAAAUAAAAUCAGGUGUAAUUCU